UUUUUUUUUUGAACUCUCUCCGAGGUAUCUGCUAAAGAUAUAAAAGAACCCACGGCAACCUCUACGAAUACUUUUAUAAACUCUGUUAAAAUGCCCAACACACCAAAAAACGAGUAUUUAAACCGACCAAACCAGAAGCAGCUAAAACAUCAUCUCCCCUCUCUUUCCAUGGACUUCCAUCUGAAGGAACUGAGAAAUCAGCCUGAGUUACAGAAACAACCUUCUGCAACGGUACCAAAACCCUUCCUUGGGCACCAUCAACAACAGCCACGUCCAUCUGGCUCUGCUCUCCCUUUGUUUGCACCCGAACACAACAGCAAAAUCAGCUCCCUGUCAACAUUUCCUGAUUCAGAGUUAGGUGCAACCAGAUUUCCCACCCCUGUGAUCUUUUUUGGGUCUGUUUUUAUUUGUCUGCUAGGGAUAGGUAGCUAUUUUAGCUUGGCUCAGUGGCAGGAGCUUGAGCAGCAGGCUUUGAUAUUCAGGUACCUGGUGGCAGGUGCUGCUGUUCCUCCUGAACUUCUCCAGCCAAUAAAGAAGAGCCUUCUUCAUACUCCAUAUUUCCUGCAUCACUCUCUUCAGCAUUACCCACAUUAUCAGCCUACUAUGCUGCAAUCACGGUACUGGGGAAGAGCAGCCCUGGAUCCAGAGCCCGGGCGUUGCCGGAGAACGGACGGCAAAAAAUGGCGGUGCUCGAGGGAAGUGGUGGCUGGUCAGAAGUACUGUGAGCGCCACGUGCAUCGAGGCCGAAACCGUUCAAGAAAGCCUGUGGAAAUCCCCACAUCCAUCACUACCACUAACUCUGCUACCGCAGCUUUUAGUGGUGGUGAGACUCUCAAAGCCACCACUCCCAUUGCCGCUCUGCCCUUGGAAACGGUGGCUGGUGCAAUCCAUUUUGCACUUUCAGGACCAUCCCCUUCCAGUAUUGAUCUCCUCCAGCUUAAUCCAAGUUUCGCAGGGUCCAAAACUGAUAACAAGGGCCUCUUUGAAGCCCAAAAUGAGGAAUCUGCAGAUGGUAGAUCUGAUAGCCAUAUCCUGCGCCCUUUUUUCGAUGACUGGCCGCGAUCACUUCAAGAAUACGAUAAUGCUGGAAGCAAUGCGAGUCCCAUGAACUCUGCCACCUGCCACUCCCUUUCAACGCCCGGAAAUCCAUCGUCGGACGUGUCGUUGAAAUUGUCUACUGGCGUUGGAGAGGAGCCAGGCUCCCGGGAUGGCAAUGCAGAGCCAGGGCAACUACAUAUGGAUUGGGCUGCUGCUGGAUGGGCAACAAAUCAUGUGACUUCCAUGGGGGGUCCGCUAGCAGAAGCAUUGAGAUCUUCAACGUCCAAAUCAUCGCCAACGAGUGUUCUUCAUCAACUGCCCCGUGCAUCUGCCUCUCAGGCUAGCGUUGUUGGCACCUGAAUUUGAUCGAGUCUUUACGUCCUUGUGAUAACUCGCUCUUGUAUAAGUUGCGUAGAACUUUGUGUUUGAUUGUUUUAACUGCAAGAAAAUUGGUACCAUCUCUUGUCUCAGAUCCCAAAGAAAAUGAGUGAGAUGGAACCUGGGCCAUGAUCCCGGGGCAUGCAAAAUCCUCUGGGAUCAGCCGCUGUUGCAGAUCAGACCAGAUAUAUAGCUAUUUCGAGGAUAUAAAUAUACAUGCACCUAUUCCGACCA